AUGGAGGCUGGUUACCUCGUUUCGUGGAGAGAGGACAUCUCCUCGUUGUUUCCUACGGAAAGACCCAGUUCCAAACACAAAGUAGGCAGUGGUCACCCUGAUCUGAACUGCCAGUUUUCUGCCGUGAGAAAUGUUCGCGGCGAUGGGAACUGUUUCUACAGGGCUUUCUGUUUCGCAUACCUGGAGUCAGUCUUCCACGAUCCCAGGGCUUUGCAGAGCUUCAAGGAGAAAAUCAUCCAGAGCGGCAAAGUUUUGGUCUCUGCCGGAAUUGAUGAGAGUUCAUUUUGCCACCACCAGAAGACAGUGGUGAACGUGGUGGAGCAGUGCCUGGCGGCUGAGCAGGAGCACAGCCUCCUCCGGCUCCUCAACGAGCAGAAGGUGUCGGACGGCGUGGUGCAGUACCUCCGGCUGCUCACCUCCGCGCACCUGCAGAAGCACGCCGACUUCUUCUGCCACUUCGUGGAGGCCGCCGACCUGCGCGACUACUGUCACCAGGAGGUGGAGGCCAUGGCCAUGGAGUGCGACCACGUGGACAUCCUGGCUCUGACUCAGGCCCUGGACAUUGGCAUCCACAUCGUCUCCAUGGAGGGCGACGGCCAGCGCCUGGCCCACCACGUCAUUCCGGAGGGCGCCGAGCCGGCCGUGCACCUCCUCUACCAGACCUCACACUACAACAUUCUCUACCCGCGGCCUCGCCAGUGA